GUAAUCAUCACUAGAGGCGAUUGUUUGCAUUCAAAAUUAUUAAUGGAAGUGAAUUGAACCCACAAGAUAAUGAAUAUUCAAAUUUUGCCCUUUAACUUUACGCAUAACUGACACGACAGAACGUGAAUUAAAAAAAUAAACAUCGUGAUAUAUUAGGUAAAAGUAUAAACUAAAGUAGAGUGAUGAUGGGUAACUCAACUCAACCAGAUACCAGAGACGAAAAUCUUGCCAUUUGGGAAAUAACCGUGCUCGCAAUAAACCUCAUCAUCACAACAAUCGGUAACUGUUUAAUUUUCUUCGCGCUUUACCUGCGUCGUUAUCAUGGUCGCCAGCGUAAAUUAACUCGCAUGUACUUCUUUAUGCUUCAUCUCAGUAUCGCGGAUUUUGUCACCGGGAUCUUCAACGUUCUGCCCCAGCUCGCCUGGGACAUCACAUUCAGAUUUCAGGGCGGAUAUGGUUUGUGUAAAAUAAUUAAAUUUUUACAACCGUUCGGAAAUUACCUGAGCUCGUAUGUGUUGACAGCGACGGCUAUUGAUCGGUAUCAGGCAAUCUGUUACCCUUUUAAUUAUUGUCGUACUUCAUCGUUAAAGUCAAGGGUAAUGGUUUAUGGUGCUUGGAGUUUAUCAUUUGUUCUCUGUAUUCCUCAGGUAAUUGUUUUUUCUUAUCAAGAAAUUUCUCCCGGUGUCUGGGACUGCUGGGCUUCUUUUAGUCUGCCCUAUGGAGAACGAAUUUACGUUACCUGGUAUAGUAUUACCAUAUUUCUAUUACCCUUUCUAGUUCUUCUUUAUACAUACGCAAGUAUUUGCGCGAAUAUAAGAAGAAAUACAGAGAUAAGUGAUCGGUUUGAUCACGUAAACAAUAACAAGAAAAUUAACUUUAAUAACAAAAACCGCCAGCCAUUGAUAUCACGUGCCAAGAUAAAAACAGUCAAACAAAUGAUUACUGUUGUUAGUCUUUACGUUAUGACAAGUAGUCCGUUUAUUGGAUGCCAACUCUGGGCAACGUGGGAUCCACAAGCGGCAAAUUCAUCUUUCAUCAAUGGGCCAGCAUUCACGAUUCUCACACUCAUGAGCAGCCUCACUAGCUGCGUAAAUCCCUGGAUCUAUUUAGGAUUUAAUCGUGAGCUUCGUAAUAUUUUAUCAAAUUAUUUAAAGAAAUUACUUUGCAAGCAGAACGUGAUAAACUAUGAUAUCGAUACUUCUUAUGUAAAUUCAAAUGGUAGUUCAACAAAGUCAUCAAUAAUAGUAACAAUGUUUCGUUUUGCUGGAUCAAUGUAUCAUCGGCAAACAUAUCAAGAACGUUCAACCGAUUUUAUAUUAACUCGAAGGCAAUCGUAGUAAUUUAUAGUUUUUAAAAAAGAAAAAUUAUAAAGUUAAUAAUUAAAUAAAAUAAAAAUUUUGUAUUUUUUUA